AUGGGACUGCUCAGUGUGGAAGAGCUGGUGACUGGUAAGAGGUCAGAAGGAAAGGAUGCUGGUGACUUCCAUGGAGGUGUGUACGAGGCAGCUGUCAAUCAGGAGAAGCAGGAUAACCACAGGUCGCAGCAGGACUUGAAGGUGGGGGAAGAUGCCUCGGAAGAAGGGAACAACGGCAGCAAGCUGGAGAUCAAUGUGGUGGCUUUAAAUACGGAUAAAAAUGGGAGGCUGAAGUUGGAGACGGUUGAUGACUUGUUCAACAUCCUGCAACUGAGGAAGAAGAGGAAGGAGAGGAAGGCUCCUGAUCACAAGAAAAAACAGCCAGAGGCAGAGACCAUGCCAGAAUUGGUGGACGAGCAGCUGUUUCUGACCGCAGUCACUGAGAACAAACUACCUCUGGUGGAGAAGUACUUGGCAGAUGGAGGAGAUCCCAAUGUAGCUGACAAUUUCCAGAGGACAGCUUUGCACAAAGCCUCCUUCAAAGGACACAUGGAUGUGAUUAAAAGACUUCUAGAGGCUGGAGCUGUCAUUGAGCAGAAGGACAAGCUGGAGGCCACGGCAGUCCACUGGGCCUGCAGAGGAGGCAACCUGCUGGCCCUGGAGUUCCUCCUCAACCAGGGAGCCAAGUUCACCUCCAGAGACAAGCUGCUCAGCACACCUCUUCAUGUGGCUGUGAGGACAGGACACUGUGAGUGCGCCGAGCAUCUUAUUCACUGUGGAGCAGACGUCAACGCUAAAGACAGAGAUGGAGACACACCAAUGCACGAUGCAGUGAGGAUAAACAGGUUUAAGAUGAUCAAGCUGCUGACGAUGUACGGGGCCAGUCUCAGCACAAAGAACCUUGAUGGAAAAACUCCACUGGAGACAUUGUAUUCAUGGCAGAAUGGAGCGAAAAGCCUCCUGCACAACUUCAAUGAGGAGAAGCCCAGUCAUUGAAAAUAACACCUUCCCCCCCCACCCCCACCCCAACCCUCCUGAAUUAUCAGCAUGAAUGUUUCU